AUGCUUGUACAAUCUCUGUCCCGCGCCGCCAUCGUGGCUACUCUUUGUCUUGCAGGCCUCACGUCUGCUGUGAGGGAAUCCGGCGACCCCAGUCCUGCAAUCUCCAAAUCGACCUCAACCACGACCGCAAGAGCGCAUGAACGUAAGAAAGGUCACCGCGAGGACAAGGUCAUGGUAUCUUGCGCCGGUCACAUUACACAAUGUGGUGUUAAGGACAAAGCCAAGAUUGUCUAUGUACCGGUAUCCACCUCGACCGUCACGAACACGAUUGUCAAGACUGAUGUCGUGACCCUCCCAACGUCAGUCAGGGUUAUUGAGAAAGUUAGAGUUGAAACCGUAACCAACACUACCAUGGGCCACUGUCGCGAGACCCUCACCGUCACCGGAGACGCCGUUACGGUUGCAGUUGAUGUCGUGUUUGUCACCACCGAAGAAAUCCAACCCAUUUCUAACAGAACCACGUGGAGAGUCACUACUGUUACCGCCAGUGCCAUCGAGCAGUGUUUCCUUGAGAAGUAUACUAUGCUCGCACAGGGUUCGGCAAGCCAGGGAGGCCCAGCUGAGGCGAUACCUAUCCCCUCAUCUGACAAUGUCAGCCCAGCUGCAUCUGUACCUGCAGCAUCAGAUGAAAGUCGCCCUGCCGAUGAUCCUGCUCAGAGACCUUUAGACUCGGAUGACGAUCAUCCCCUAAUGGUCGGGUCAGAUGGAGAUAGCGUGGAGUAA